ACACCUCUUUUCACCCCCCUGACGCCAUACCUGAUGCAUACGCGAAUGGGAUCCAAGACCAUGAUCGGCGAUAAGGGAUGGCUCGAAGACACUGCCGAGAAGCCGAAGAAACCUGCGCCGAAGAAGAAGGAUGCGGGCUUCAUCGGCACGUUCAAGAAGACGGCUCGAAAAAUCGUACGUAUCCAUUACCCCUAUUCACUAAAUGACUUAAAACUAACGUUUCUGUUUCUUGUUUAGGCGGCCGAAAUGACCGAAUUCCGAGGCGAAAAGCCGCGCUCCCGUACGGCGCGAGAGCUGAAUAUCUCGCUCGACCCACGCGAGCAGAGCCUGCUGUACUGCGAGCUGGAGUUCAUCCUGAGCAACGCGCUCAGCGCAUACAUCAACCUGCAGCUACACAGCGGACGACUGAACCCGCACAUCCACGCGCGAAUCUCCGACGCGUGGGAGCAGAAGGGGCGACCUAAGGUGAUCGGGUUCCGGUACGAUCUAGAGACGCAGAUCGAGAUGAUCGCGGCACACAUUGGCAGCUUCCGGUUCUACGGACCGCACCAGGCGAACCACGACGUGAUCAAGGGCUGCCUAUACGGGAUGAAGGUCAACGCGCGCGCGAUGCGCAUCCACACGUACUGCCAGCCGGACCCGGUGAUCGCGAAACACGUGCUCGACGCGCAGGGCCUCAUGGUGCUGCUCGACAGCCCCGAGAGCGUGCAGCUGCCGCUAGCCGAAGUGUCGCAGUUCUUCAAGGUCGUGCUCGAGCGCGAGAAGGAAGCGCGCAAGAAACGCUUUGCGGAAAAGACGGCGACUAGAGACGUCAGUGGCUUUGCCCCGAAUAAGGGACCUCUGCCGCCGGAUCGAGACCCGGAGGACUUGAGCCCGCCGAAGGGAAGACAUCCUGGUGAGUAUCGCGUGAAGAAUCAGAUUCAUGUCCCCGAGGGCGAGCGUAGCUUCAGCGGUCCGGUUCUCGAGCCGAAGGUUUAUGACCCCUUGCGAUCGAAUCCGCCGAUGGGUGGACAGCACUAGUGGGUGAGAUUGGUGCCAGGGUCGUUCGAGUUUGCGUUGGGAGGUUACGAGUUGAUGACUAUGGAUGAUUUCAUAUGACCUUUACCGUUCGAUCUUUCGGAGGUGGGAGGUGGAGAGGCCUAUGCGUACUAUACCCCUUUCGUUUGGAGGAACGGCAGGGCCUUCUUUUUUCGGUUUGCGUUUUGAUAUGGCAUGGUCUAGCUCCGUUCUCGACGAGAAUGUCUUCCGACAAACAUUGAUGGAAUGGAAUUAAGUUGGAUGGCUGUCGUUUGGAUGAUCACGGCAUAGCUCUUGCAACCCGCUUGGUCUUAUAGGUCGCUCUUCAAUUGAGUGGACUGGCCUUCCCAUACUGGCCAAAUUACCCUCACUUAUUUCCCGCUGACUUCUGGAAUGGUCCUGGGUCAUGGGUUGCGGAACGGGAGUUGUGUCGCAGACGGUUGCUGGGGUUUUGACAUCUUCUCACUGUGCCACGAUUGCAACGAGUUUCGUUAGUUAAGAUUAGGUAGUAAUGAAUUGACCGCCCUGAUAAAACCGCGUUAGGCCUAUGUCUUCUCCCGAGUUCGAUGCCUCAACUAACAUUUCAAUGAUCUGAUUAGAUAAUCCGGUCUACAGUAUGUAA